GAUCUGCUCUCAUCUCCCUGCCUGCGAAUGCCUCACUGGGCCGAACACUGAGAAGAAGUCAGAGUUUGGGGUGUUCUUCAAAACUAAUCAAAAAACACACUAUGGAAACCAUUAGCGAGAUCAUCCCAUUCGCUAAGGAGAUGCUAAACCAGAGGCCCAGCCGGAGCAUGCUGAAGAUCUACAUGCUCGGCUCCACUCUGGCGAUGCUUGGAGUGGUUGGUGGACUGGUGGAAACAGUUCUCCUGCCAUUUGUGGAGCAGGAGACCGUUGAGGACACACCAACAGAGCAGAUCACGGAGAAGAAGAAGGAGAAGAAGCAGGUGUUGAAGUCACACACUACCUUGGUUCGUCCUGAAGUUGUGGACGUGCUGGAGACGGUAGUGAUCGAGGCCAAGGCCAAACAUCUGGUGACCGCUGAGAGGAGAAGCUCAACCAACCGCUUAUAUGCUUCUUAAAGAAACCAUUCCCCUCCUGAUGUAAAUGGACACGAAACUCACAAUGUUGAUGAUAAUGGUGGUACAUUAAAUCACCAUAUUGAAGUGGUCACUUUGUGCUCAGUCUUUUAUUUCAGAUGGCAAAAAAUGAGAUGUGUUGAUACACUGCGGGGUACAGUAAUGUCUGGCUGCUGGGCAGCAGAUACUUGUGGAUGUGACUUGAUGAAUGUGUUAGGAAAAAAAGGAAUGCGUGUGAUUUGAUUCAUUUUGCACUAUAAUAAAGCAAUUUUUUUCAGCUGGAAA